AAUACAUAGACACGCAUAUAAAUACAUAGACACAUUUUUGGCACAUUCGGAACCUCAUACAUCACCAGCGUGUGAAUGUGGGUAUGCAUGGGUGAAUGAAUAAUUGUGUUGUGAAACGCCUUGGGGUGUUGUAAAACCAGAGAAGAUUCUAUUUGUUAGAGUAUUUUCUAAUUCUACUGUAAUAUAUGCGGCCUCUUUAUUUUUACACCUACUGAUUAACAAUCCAACCUUUUGGUGAAACGUCCAUCUCUAGACUGUUUCCCACUUGUGGAUAAAUCCCUUUCACCGAAGAACAAAUCUCACAUUAUGAGCUCCAGGAAUGUUGCCUAUCACAAACCUUGAAGCCUCAGCUUUUAUUUUUGUAUUUUUUAGGGCUAAAUUGACUGAUUGGAUUUGCGGCUCCUCAUCUUUAUUUCUAGUAAGAGUAACAACCAGAGGAAGAUUUUUGCUUCACUCCGUGUUUUUGCUAAAUGACUCAUAAUUAUAAAAGUCACUAUUGUUUAAGGCUUGUUUUAGGAUCUGGUGAGAAAAAUAAAAGAUUGCCUCUAAAUGGCCAAUGGUGGGAGGGCAAUGAUGUUUUUGCCUUCGAGUGAGCAAGUCUGCAAGUCUCAAAAUGUCAAACAUAUUUAAAGAAAUGCUGUCAGAAAGUAAUUAUUGGAUAUCAACCCAGUUCAAGAUGGUUACCACAGCUCAUCAACAUAGCUGAGUCCAUUUUACAGAUACCAAGAAGUGAUGUCUAAUAGUUGAGUCUUUACCUCAGACAAAGCUGAGCAAAGUGUCUUCACUUCCAUUGUUAAAGGUAAUGCUGAAAUGUUUUGUUUCAAGCACCAAAGUGUUGCGCUUUGAAGCCUGAGAACUCAGGUUCAGGUAUUGGAAGUCCAGCCUACUGUCCCGCUUCAAAUUGUGUAGAAAUACCAGCAUCAAAUGGCUCGUCACAGCUUGCAACAACAUAAAAUGUGGAUUUAAAUUGCGUCAGCACCUGAUGAACAUCAUUUCUUGAUCUGAACAAUGUCCAACCCAUUUAUAUGGAAGGAGUGAGACACAACUUACACUAGAACCUGCCACUGGGGGGACUUUAAUUUUUUUUUGUUUUUAUAUCUUUAAAGGUGCAAUGUGUAAGAAUGACAUCUUGUGGUCAAAUUUGAUUACUGCAGUCCAUUUUCACUAUUUCACUGCCGUUCUAUUAGUUUCAUGACUGUUGCCAGUUAUGGAUCAGCUCCUGAAGAUUCUUAAUUAUAGGCAAAGAUGAGUCAUACACAAUAAGUUGAUAAGCAGUUAAGCAUUUUGUUAUAUCUGGUGUUGGCACUGUUGGGGGGUUUUACGCUAGAGAGCACUUACUACAUAUAGCCUGGCCUGCCAGACUCGUCCUCUGUUUAAUUCUACACAGAGAACUAGUCUGGUUACUCACAUGCAGAGAGGCACAUGUGGGGCGGGACUAGCCAGCUCAAUAAUGACCAAUCAGAAAAAAUCUCUCAACGCUGUAGUUUUUCAGUUAUGGUCAGAAAUGACGUCUGGCUGACAGCGCAAACACCUUUCUUUAGAAGAAAGGCUUUUAGCGCUUCUACUUGUUGUGAUUUUAAAGACAUGUCCAAGUCAGUUAGAACAGAGGAAAGAGCGGUCUCCGCUUCAGGUGCCGUCUUUGUUGUUCAUUAGAAACUGAGUAUUGUGGCGUGUGAUGUUCGCUGCGCAGCGCUGAUUGGCUCAGUUAGAAAUCUGAGGAGGUGGGGUUAUUUUAAUAGGAGAUUUCCCAGACCCUGCUGUUGUGUCCUUGGGCAAGACACUUCACCCAACUUGCCUGUGUUAGUGGUGGUCAGAGGGGCCGACGGCGCCAAAUGGCAGCCUCGCCUCUGUCAGACCUCCCCAGGGCGGCUGUGGCUACAAGUAGCUUACCAUUACUAGCAGUGUGUGAAUGUGAGUGUGUGUGAAAGCGUCUUUGGGUGUCUAGAAAAGCACUAUAUAAGUUCAACGCAUUAUUAUUAUUAUUAUCAAUGUGUUGUCUCUAUUUUCAUGACCAUUUACAUUGGGAGAUUUUCACUGAAGGAAUCAGAUCUAUGAAUGAACACAUGUGGAGUUAUGUACUUAACCAAAAAUGUGAAAUAACUGAAAACAUGUUUUAUAUUCUAUUUUAUUCAAAUAGCCACCCUUUGCUCUAAUUACUGCUUUACACACUCUUGGCAUUCUCUUGAUGAGCUGCAAGAGGUUGUCACCUGAAAUGAUUUUCCAACAGUCUUGAAGGAGUUCCCAGAGGUGUUUAGCACUUGUUGGCCCCUUUGGUCAUGGUCAUGGUCAUGAAAAUAAAGAAAACACAUUGAAUGAGAAUGUGUGUUCAAACUUUUGGCCUGUACUGUAGUUUCCAACUGAAAAAGUAGCUUAAGGUACUUUUAGAGCUAACUAUUUGUUUCUAAUUUACUGUUAGCAUUUUUAGCACAAUGUUGUCCUCUAGUCCGCUUCACCCAAUAUUAGAGUACAACAAAAGGAUGCUGUGGCUAUUUAGGGGUACAAGAAAAAACUUCUGGGUCACUCCUGUUUACUGGCUUUGGUUCUUUAAAUAACUCGAGAUUUUUGCCUGCUGAAUUUGGUCUACAAAUGUCGGGCUGCAGCAUUAGCUUGUUGGGGUGAUGGCAAACUCACAAGCUCACUGAACAACUACAUUCCCAUGUCUUCUUUUUUUUUUCCAAAGGAGAACAUUUGAUAACCCCCACCCGGUCUGCUGAGAAUGAAAUUUGUUCCUAUAUAACCUUCAUCCUUCCACCAUAAUUGAGACAUUUGACUGUUUUGUGAUAAUUUCACUGUAGAAUUCCUACAUAUUUCACCUGUAAAGGGGUUCUAGAAUUGUUGUUUCAGUGGUGCUAACCACAGAACUAGCUAGCUGCUAGCCCAAUCUACUGCUAAUGCUCUGGUUCAAACAUUUAUGGCUAAAUACCAGAUAGAGCCUCAAUUUUCCCAUUGAGUUAUCUGAAUACUGUACACAGAGUUUCCAGCUUCAGGAGCGUCAUAGAGCCAUCGAGGUAAUCUGGCCAAUCAGCAUGCAGCUCAUUUAAUAUUCAUGUUGUGACCGAGUGGGUGGGGCGAACCAGUCUUCUCAUUCUAUUACUUUAAUAUGGAGUAGUUCAUUUAUUUGGGCUCCUGGGCCAUUGUAGACCCUGUUCUGGAACCCCUUCAAAGCAAUGCUCAAAGAUUUUAUCAUGCAUGCUGAUGCUAGCGCUAACAGACCAUUUGAGAUUUAUACUCGAGACUUGACCAAACAACUUUAGCUCCUUCUUCUCUCUGCUGAUGUUUUCAGUGUAUAACUGUAGCUUUGAACAGUGAAGGAAGAGAUGCAUUUCUUUAAUGUUGUGAUAUUUUAAAGCUGAUGUGUUUGAUUUGGAUUGAGCCACUUUAGAACGUUUUCAUCACAGCAGAGCACUCUUUUCUUACUAAUUUUAGUCAUCCAGAUCCAAACUCGACCUGCUCUCAUACAGAUUCAGUUCCUCCUCACUGACCCCUCAUUUUAAAGCCUUACACGCGUACUGGCCUGCCCUGCAUCAGGAGCAUGUUUGUGCUAGGAACAAAUCCGUGACACCGCGUUGGAUUGUUGAAUAACGGCCACAACAUUACUCUGUACAGUCACUGGAGGCCUACUCUGCAUGGCAUGUUGUGGAAGGACAGUGUUCACAAAAAAAAAAAACUGCUUCAGACUCGAACUGUAAAGAAUAGAAUUAAGUUCUCUAGAACUGAGCACAAUGAACUGAAUCCUUAAAUCAAUACAGCCAUGGUAGUAUGUGAAAUUAGGAGCUUCUGUUGUGAAGAGAUGUGUUGUCCUUGGGGCAAAGCACAUUGCUCAGUACAGGACAUGGAACAUCUCACAUGAUUGUGCUGUGACUGUCUUCUGAGGCAAUGGGUGUGUGAAUGUUUUUUUUAAAGAUGAGAGCAAAAGCUUCUUUAAUACUCUCAUUGUCCUCCAUGUGAGGUCGAUAAGAAGCUACAGUCCUCAGGGUGCCGUCUGCUCGAGCUCUUCUGUCCAGAGGAGCUUCAUCUGGCCGAUGAUCUGGAGGAAGAACCUCGACUCAAUGUGAAGCCUUGGUAGGAUCAUGGAAAAUGGGAAGCUGACAUUUAGAGGACACUGAGCAGCAGAAUAACCGCUGGACGUGGUCCGAAGAAGGCCCUUCAAAAUUUCCACCUGGAGGACCGGACCUUGUAAAACCCUGGGACCUGUUGGCUCUGUUCCUGCUAGAUGGGUUCAUCCUUCAAGAGGUUCUGCAUGCAGUUUUGCUGCUGCUGCUGCGCUCAAGAUGAGGACGAUGACGAUGAGAAGCAACCGUUAGUCCCUCCAGAUCCGCUGGACUAUUUUACACGUGAAGUCCAGAAGCGGCGAGACGAGGAGACCAACCUGUGGAGCGAACCAGGAGACCCCAGCCACUCGGAGAGAGCUGACGACCGAACGCUUUACACCCUGAUUCAGGCCCGGAGCAUGACCCGUGUUGGCUCCACGGGCUACCGUCGUUUGAGUGUUGACAUUGAAGCCAUGAGAGACACCCGCAGAGAAGUCAGGGACAAAUGGAAAACAAUCCUGGAGAACUUAGGAUUCAUGGCUGAGGCAGACGCUCUGCUGAACGUGUCAGCUGGUACGUCACAGGACCGCAUGCGGAAUGCCCCAGCAGCACGUGCCAUGCUUCAUACUCUGCACACUGAGACCUCCAUCUUCAGCAGCAAGGAGUCGCCUCCAGAGAGAUAUCUGUUCAUCCUGGAUCGUCUCCUGUACCUGGACAUUGCUGAAGACUUUCUGGCCAAAGCAAAGCGAUUCUAUCCUCCGCAGGAGGACUCUGACGAGGACACAUCUGGCCUCGCCAUAAACCUGCCGCUGCUGCUGGCCAGAGUACAGGCUAUGAACGGACGUGGAGACGGCGAGGAUGAGAGCGAGAGCGAGAGAGAUGACGAAAACUGAGCCAAAGAUCUGCUGUUCGAGCAGAAGGACAGCAGAGGGCGGUAGUCAACAAUCCAGAAUCUUUCAGGUCUUUGUUGCUGCAGUUAGGCCAAGCGUCCUUUUGACUCCCAGCUUUGAGUUUAGUUUUAAAGAGUUUAGUGGAAAAUCAAGAAGAUUUUUAAGUUUCUUUUAUCAUUUGCCUUGUGAUUAUCAGCUAUUCCAAUCUGAAUAAAAAACACUUAUGUCAUAA